UCCUCACAGUGAUGCUGUUCAGGACUACAGCAGAACACCACAGAGCCAAGACCCCUCCAGCCACUGCCACCUCAGAAGAAUGGGAAGUAAGGGCGCCCUCGUGUGUCUGCUGCUUGUUACUGCAGCUGUCCUGCAGUGCUCGUCUCAGCACUGGUCACAUGGCCUGAGUCCCGGUGGGAAGAGGGAAGCUGACUCUCCCAGCGAAUCACAAGUGAUGGAGGGUCUCCCCAGGAGAGGAGGGGCACGCUGUGGGAGUGACACCAGAGAGGCAGCCAAUCAGGAAAGGCCCAGCACACUGGAACAACUGGUCCACCUGAUGAGCAGAGCAAAUGAAGUUUAUGACUGAGGACACCCAGG